AUGGGUGAUAUUUGGGGGAGAAGAGCAUCUCUGACUGUGUCCAUUGUUGGCAUGGUUGUGGGGACAGUCAGCCAGGGCCUCUUGCCCAGCCGCCUCAGCAGUGGCGAGGCGUGGGGCCAGUUUGGUACCUACAUGCUCUUUGUCUUGCGCAUUGUGCAGGGACUUUGUACUGGUGGGGAGAUAAGCACGGUCUCUACGUACAUCAUCGAGGUGGGCUCCAAGAAGACCUUGGCCCGGAGCAUGUCGCUCAUUUCUGUAUCGAUUUAUGUCGGCUUUCUGCUGGCGCAAGGGGCUGUUUGGCUGGCGCAGGACCAGCUUGGCUCCGACGCCAUGCGACAAUGGGGCUGGCGGCUACCAUUUCUCGCCGCCAUAGUGCCAGGAGCCCUCACCAUUGCAGGACGACGCUGCCUGCGUGAGACGGACGAGUUUCAAAAGGAGCGGCAGGUCGCGAUAGACGAAGGUCAUUCAUCAGCUGGGGAUGCAGUCAGCGACGUGCUGCACAGAGGCUAUGCCAUCUUGAUUGCAGUUGGCGGGAUGGCAUCUUUUGCGGUGUUUUCGUACAGUGGCCUGGUGUGGACCAACACAUUCCUGGCCAAAGAAGGACUUCCCAAGGAUGAGGUCAUGAUGGCUGGCUUAAUAGCCCGCCUCAUUCAGAUUUUUUUGGCCGUGCCCGUGGGCUGGCUAGCAGAUGUUUUGGGUGUUGGCUCAGUGACCUUCCUUGCUGCUGCAGUGCAGCUGUUUGCAGCUUUCCCGCUCUUCGCAUGGCUGCAGGCGAAUUCGACGAGUGUCGCUGUCAUGUAUGCGGCCUACGCUGUUGGCUUCGGAGUCAUCGGCGCUUUGGGCGGCUCCAUUUUCAACAUGUACGUGGCAGAGAUGUUUCCAACCCGGACGCGCAAUCUUGGAGUUGGAAUCAGCUACAAUAUCGGCAUUAGCUUUGUUGGUGGCUUUGGCCCCGUGUUUUGCAGCACACUCUUCGAAUGGUCAAGAUACGGACCUGGAGGCUACAUGUCACUCGGCGGCCUCAUCACCUGUGUGACUCUUUUGGUUGGUGUUAAAAUGCACCGAGCUGGGUUCGUGCGCAUGGCCCAUGUACGCGCGAACCCAUACUGGUGGCCUUGUGCAGACUUACGCGAAGGCGGUAAGGCUGAAGAGCACUCCUCGUCAGAGUCUGAGACGUCAGAGGCGGCCCUGGCCCUGGGCGGAAAGGACUGCGCAGAGAAGCAUAAUCAGUUGGAACAUGCGAGGGAGGGGGCAGAGCGGGCAACUGGCCUCCACCGUUGCCUUUUUGGCAGUCAGACGAGGUCGGUGGCACACCUUGGCUGGAAGUCAUUGCACCACCCGGAUGGCUACACACCAGAGCAUGUGCAGCUUUUUGUGGCGACUGAAGGCGAGCCGCUGGGGGAGCUGCCCAUCUUCGAGUCGGAGCAGUUCUGGUCCUUGGCCUUCCCCGGGGAGAUGGUUGCAGUCCCACCUAAGCCGCUGCCAAACAGGAUUUGCCGUGCUCGCCUUUGUAUGAAGCGGGCUUCAGCGCACGGCGGUCCAAAUGUGCGCAUCCAGAGUAUCCGCGUUCUCACCAGAAGGCUGAAGCGAGCUAAAGAGGAUGGCACGUUUCUGGGAAGAAGGCUAUGGCACGACUCGGAUUUCACAGACUGCGUCCUGCGUUCAGAAGAUGGCCUGGAGCAAAAGGCACACAAGGCUAUCCUGGCAAACGCAUCUCCCAUUUUGAGUCGAAUGCUGCGGUCUGCAACGAAGGCAGGUGAGGUCACACUGCCAUGCAGCGGCGAAGUGGUGAGGGCCUUGCUGAAGCACUGCUAUGGGCUCUUCCCGGACAUCCGCGCCCUGAAAGUAGAGGAUGUGGUUUCCCUUGUGGAGCAAGCCCACGCCUUGGAGUUGAGCUCCUUGUCCGAGGAUGCAGCAGUUGCUGCCACCCAGUGUCUGACCCCGGAGACGGUCGUCCCAUUGAUGAGAGGCCUUCGUGCCUUUUACAAAGCUGGAUCGCUGGUCGAAGAAUGGGACAAUCUGGUGCGGCAGGUCCGUGCACGGCAGGACCUGUCACAUGCUGCACUUCUCGGCCUUUGA